CGCACACAGGUAAACCCAACAGAAUGCCACCUCACCUGUGCGUCGGAGCACGGAGCACACACACGAACACAGGCGUAGACAAUAACUGUGACAGCCAGUAACAAGUAGCAAGUGAAACAAGUGCCAUCACAAACAAAAUGGUGUAGUUUAAACCGUUGAACAAAACAAUAACGCGUCAAUAAAAUGUCCGAACCGAAUCUGAAUGGUGGUGCCAUUGUUGCACCAUCAGCGCAUAAUAAUACAUCCAUUGAACAUACUGAAUCUACACAUCCUACGCACCCUCUGGAAGUUGUCUCCGAUGUGGAGGUCAAACUUCCAGUGAAAACCGAAAGCGUGCACGUGACAGCAAUGCCCAACCCACCAACCCCAGUCAUCUCGGUCCCGGAUCGUCCCGAAAGACCUUUGAAACUUAACGCGGCCGCUGGUGGAGGUAAUACGGUUGCACCAACUGUUCAACCCUCGCCGAGUAAAGCCUGGGUGCAUUUUGAUGAUGAAAAUACUGGUAAGACUCCGGGAGAUCGUAAUUCCGCUGCCGUUAUUGCCACAGAAAGUGUGCAAGUCAAUCUGGAGAGGAGUUUCAGUGAAAAUUUAACGCCCGCACCUACAAUCAACGCCAAUUCGGUGGUGGUUGAUCCUAAAAAUUUAAGGAAUAUUGAGUUGCCUAUCACAAACCCACCAGAGACAAUCAGACAAGGUUUUGCAAAUGGCGAUAUUAUAGUGACGCUUUUACCAGUAAAUUCUGGUUUGCCAUGGAUUACUCCAGCAAAAUUUCGUCCCGAGUUGGUCCCUGAAGAGUUAAUGGCGCAAGGACUGACGCUAACCGUAGAGGAAUACGUACAAAUAAUGGAACUUCUCGUAAAUGAUUACCGUUUCACCCUGUAUAAUGUCUGCUACAAGCGUGUGCUAGUUGUGUGGAUCACCCUAGCAUUUAUUUUAUUGCUUUCGCUACUUUUUAGCGGCCUAACCGGAUUAGUUCUCUUUGGAGUUGGGAUUUUUUGGCUCAUUAUUAACGCGACCGCCAUUUUCUUAUCGAUGUAUGUCAAAUUCAAACUACAACGCAAUUUGGAGCGUUGUUUGGCGAACGUGAACAAACAUUUAAUGCGUCAUAAGAUAAUUGUGGCGCUGGACGACCGAGGCAAGAUAUCUUGCCAUAAAAUUACACUUUGUUUCAUUUAUCUGGAUCCUGCGCAAUGCAUAAACAAUAACACAUACGAACAACAUACAAGACAACACCACAAUGCUUUAUAACUGACUUUUUGAUUUUGCUAUCAAAUAACUUUUGCUUUUGCUUAUAACUCAUUUUAACUCACAUUUUUACUAAUAUUUUCUCUUUUUAAUGAAACAGACGGUAAUUAAUUUUUGGAUGAUGGAAACUCAAUCUACAAAUGAUUAUGAAGACAUCCAGCGGCCAUUUUAUUAUCUACAUGUUAAUAACUCUUGUUUCUUGUUAACUAUUUUGAAUUUUGCAUCAACUUUAAUGCUUUGUUGUAAUCACGUUGUAAUUCACUAUUAUUUGUGACUAACACUCUCAUUAACAAAGAUUAUUGCAAUUAGAAUGCUCAGCAGUUUAAAUUUUAAGCAAUUAGUCUCUUCUUUAGAAGAUUUAUAUUAAUUAUAUGUACAUAACAGAGUUAGUUUUGAUAGAUUAACUGUUAUUACUGUUAAACGAGAAUUAUUUUAUUGUAAGUUUAACUUGAGAGAGACAGAGAGUUUAAUUCGAUUCCGUCCACGAGUUGCCUUUGUACAGAAGAUAUUAUCAAAUAAAGAAAUAUUUUGUAAUAUAUUGAUAGAAAUAUUAAA